CAACAAUGUGAGUGAUACUGUUCAUGUGAAAAUUAAUGAUGUCUCCCAUCGUCUUUCCUCAUGGUCAGUGCAACCUCAUGGAACCAGGAAAUGAUACACGCAUAUCAGAAUUUCUGCUUCUGGGAUUUUCAGAUGGUCCAGAACUGCAGCCCCUCGUAUUUGGGAUUUUCCUCUCCAUGUACCUGAUCACUGUGUUUGGCAACCUGCUCAUCCUCCUGGCCGUCAGCUCUGACUCCCGCCUCCACACGCCCAUGUACUUCUUCCUGGCCAACCUGUCCUUUGUAGACAUCUGCAUCACCUCCACCACCGUCCCGAAGAUGCUCUGGAACAUCCAGACCCAGAGCAAAGUCAUAACCUAUGAGGACUGCAUCACACAGGUGAACAUUUUCAUCAUCUUUUCAGGAUUGGACAUCUGCCUCCUGGCCAUUAUGGCUUAUGACAGGUUUGUGGCCAUCUGUCACCCCUUAUACUACACGGUCAUCAUGAACCCCCAGCUCUGUGGACUGCUGGUCCUGGUGUCCUGGAUCACGAGUGUCCUGCAUUCCUUGUUGCAAACUUCAAUGGUGUUGCGGCUGUCCUUCUGUACAGUCGUGGAAAUCCCCCAUUUUUUCUGUGAACUCAAUCAGAUGAUCCAACUUGCCGGUUCUGACACCUUUCUUAAUAACUUGGUGAUGUAUUUUGCAGCUAUCCUAGUGGGUGGUGGUCCUUUCGAUGGGAUCCUUUACUCUUACUCCAAGAUACUUUCCUCCAUACGUGGGAUCUCAUCAGCUCAGGGCAAGUAUAAGGCAUUUUCCACCUGUGCAUCUCACCUCUCGGUUGUCUCCUUAUUUUAUUGUACCAGCCUAGGUGUGUAUCUUAGCUCUGCUGCUACCCAGAGGUCACGGUCAAGUGCCACAGCCUCGGUGAUGUACACGGUGGUUACGCCCAUGCUGAACCCUUUCAUCUACAGCCUGAGGAACAAAGAUAUAAAGGGGGCUCUGAAGAGAUUCUCUGCGAUGGCAGUUAGAAAAGGUCCAAUUGUCCUGCAGUUGAAGAAUUUCCCAGGAUUGCAAGCCUCAAAGUCUUAGCAUCAGAAAUUUGUUUUGUUUUUUUAAGCAGAUUGUAGACAUAGAGUUUGUGUCUCUCAUUUAUUUCCUGGAAUUUUUAUUUUUUCAACCACUCAGUACAAUUUAGUUCCUCAUUUUAUUAAGUUUUCCCUCUGUGUAAUCCACAUCUUUUUUCCUUCAUCUUUUUCUUUUAUUUCUAAAUUGAUUUGCAAGCUGUGAUAUGAGAAAAUUAAGAGUUCUCAUUUGUCUCAUGGAACUGCCUGGAUUUCUUAAGAAUAAUUACUUCACAGGGGCACCUGGGUGGCUCACUUGCUUAAGCAUCUGACUUUGGCUCAGGUUCCUGGUUCCCGAGUUUGAGCCUCGCAUUGGGCUCUGUGCUGAUAGCUCAGAGCCUGGAUCCUGUUUCAGAUUUGUGUCUCUCCCUCUGUCUCUCCCCCCGCCCCCACUCAUGUUUCGUCUCUGUCUCCCUCAAAAAAUUAAAAAAAAAAAA